CGGGCAUGUAGCGAGGGAGGGCAGGUGAGAUGCCGGGUCGGGCCGGGCAGGGCAGGUGAGGAGGUCGGAGUCCAUCUACAUUAGACAUGUCCGCGCUGCUCGCCGCACUGCGGGCUCCCGAGCUGGUGGCUCAGUUCCAGAGGCAGUGCGGGCUCGUCCCGCUCUCGCCGCAGCGGCCGGAGCAGCGGCGCUGGCCCCAGGUUGACACACAGGCGGCGGCGGCGGCGGCGGGAGCGACCCCAGCCCGGCUCCGGGACGCCUGGAGCCAGCAGGCGGGCGGGGACAGUAACGGCGCCGUGACCCGGACUGCGAUUCCUCAGAAGAAGUACAAGAUUGAGAAUUAUUUCCUCUACUACCUCUUCCUGUUUGCUGCCACGUUGGGCCAGGAGGUUUUUUACAUCACCUUCCUUCCUUUCUGCUACUGGAACAUUGACCCACAUGUUGCUCGGAGAGUGAUUAAUGUCUGGGCAGUUGUGAUGUACAUUGGGCAGACUUCCAAAGAUGUCCUAAGAUGGCCGAGACCUCCGUCACCUCCAGUAAUCAAGCUUGAGGUGCGGGUGGAUGCGGAGUAUGGGAUGCCUUCCACUCAUGCCAUGGCGGCCACUGCUAUCCCCUUCACCUUCCUCCUGGCCACUAUGAACAGGUACAAGUACCCCUUUGAGCUGGCAUUGGUAUUUGCUGUAGUCAUUUGUACCUUGGUCUCGCUCAGUCGUAUUUACACAGGAAUGCAUACAGUUCUGGAUGUGCUCUGUGGAAUUGCCAUCACUGCUGUGCUGGUAACUGUCUCCUACCCUCUCUGGGAUGCCAUUGAGGCUUUUCAAAUGAAGAAUCACUUUGCUCCUGUGUUAGCAUUGACUCUGUCCUUCCUGCUAGCUAUAAACUACCCUGAGCUGGAUCACUGGAGCACAGCCAGGGGUGACACCACCAAUAUAGUCAGUGCAGGUGGAGGAGCUACUCUGGCCACUUGGAUUAAUUAUCAGUGGAACCUCAUCCCGGAUGCUGUGUCUGCUCCUCCCUAUGAAAUGCCUUCACUGACAAUUGAGCUCAUCUGUAGGAUGGGGGCCCGAUUUGUCAUUGGUAUUGUGAUCGUAUUUUUUGCCCGGCAGGCUAUAAAAUCUGUGGCCUUGGCUUUUGUCUGCAAAUUGGCUGGAGUGUCCCCUGGCGACAAGCAGGCUCGGAAGCUCCUGUGGGUGGAAGUACCCUACAAGUAUAUUACGUACACAUGCCUUGGAGUGGUUGGACUUGCACUGUGCCCAGCAGUGCACAGAUAUUUAUCACUUUGAUAUUGUUAUUAACGUACAUCACUGCAUGCUAGGAAUCUGUAAGAGCUACUGGUGGACAUAGUGCAGAAGGCCGCACCAAUUAGUCUGUUGGACUUUGGACUCAGCCUGGGCUUAGUCAACAAUCUGAGGGACAGAAGGUCAAUGUUCUAUAGUGAACAUCCCUCAAUUGACGAGCUACAAAUUCUCUGGCAGGAGAUGGACAUUCUUCUCUUGUUGUUCAGUUGUUGCCUUGGCAAAUAUGUUUGUAUUUAGGAUCUUUGUUUUGCACUGCCUCUCAGGGUAUACACAGUCAGUAUGGAGUAUAGGAACAAAGUAACUCAGUGGGUCAGGUAGCAUCUGUGGAGAACAUGAAUAGCUGACGAUUGAGUAUAGGAACAAUUAGUUUAAUUCUAUGCCUUUAGCUCUUUAACAGAUAACUCAUUCCCACCCGAGUCAGAUUUUGAAUGGUUUGUUUGCUCCACAUCUGGGUUGGGUGCAGCAUUUGCUUUAAACAUUAUCAGCAGUGGUUCCAUCACAGACCAUUCGAUGGGCUAAAUUUUAUUGCUAAUAUUACUCUGGUAGCUGCUCUCCAUUUGAUUUAAUGAGCUCAGCGGUGGUGGUUUGUGAGCCGAUGAACUGGUGGCCAUUGUCUUCAGGGAAUCUCUGGCCAGAGGGUGGGACACAGUGCUGCCCUUGGAAGAGUUAGGAAAUGGCCCUGGUUCUCCUCUACAUUUUAUACAAUUUAAAAAGCAUUAUAACUUUUCAGAAUUCCAACCACUUAGCUGAUCUGGACUUACCAGUGGGGAUGAAAUUGGCUUACCUGACCCACAGGCCUUCACUGACUCGGCUUGCAGAUCUACAUGUGGGGUGCUGACUGUGAACAAGUCUUCACCUGUGGACAAGGUGCUGACUGGAUGUGCAGAGCUCCACAGAUCACACAGAUGUUGAGUACAUUUACAUGUCUCUAGAUUACUGCGGGGACUUCUGACACCCAACAACCCAUCAUUCACCUCCAUCCCAACUCCAAACCCAUACCACAGAUUGGCGUCUUGGGGAUUAAUUGGGUUGGGUGGAGAUUCCAGAUCUUUCAAGAGCUGCAAGGAAUACCUGGGUUUGGUGGAGGCCUGUUGCUAAUGAGGCUGUCAUGUAUUCUGGAGCACUCGGCAGGAGCUUUUGAGUCACAGAAUUUCAGCAAUUGUGUCCAACAUGAAUCUACUAAAGUAAAAUGAAAACAUAAAUACAGGAACUACUCAGAUGGUCAGAAUCUUUAACUCUCGGAGAACCAUGAUGAAGGUAUUUUACCUGGGGGAGGAAACAAGAAUGAAGAUCACACAGGAAAGCAAUAUCUACAUAUUCUAUGCACAUGUUAUGAUGUUAAGAUGUUUUCUUGCAACAUCAUUCUGUUCUUGCCCUGGUGUGAAUGUUAAUAGAGACACACUUGACUGUUAGAACCCAGAUGAGCCACAAAAUGAAUUUGCAUUCUGCUUUGAAAAUACAGUAUUUGAAAUGCCUCUGUUCAAUCUUGAUUACUGAAAUCCCAGUACUGUAUCCCAAUAUUUAAGGGUGCUCCCUCGUGUAAUGAAUUUAAAAUAAAAGAAAAUUCCAAUUUGGAAUUCAAAUCAUUUCCAGUUAACUUCUAUUGCUUGAGUCCAAUUUCCUUCUCGUUCCACACCUGUGACCUCUUCUACUGCAUUUGGUUCUCCCAAUAUGGCCUCCUUUACAUCAGCGAGACCAAGUGUACACUGCUGCUUGCUCUGCUGGAUCUCCCCAUUGCUAACCAUUUUAACUCUCUUUCCCAUACUGAUCUGCCCUGGGCCUCCUCUAUUGCCAAAUUGAGGCCACACACAAUCAGGAGGAACUGCACCUUAUCAUCUUUUACACAGAGUGGUGAAUCUCUGGAGAAAUGUGCCCAUUUCUCUUUUUCCCUUAACCCCCCCCCCCCCAUCCAUUUGCACAUAUCCCUUCCUCUGGCUUCAUAUUUCACACCUUUUCCAUCCUUAUCUUUUUAUCUCACACUUUUCACCUUUGGUUUUUGUCCAACCAUAUGCCAAUCAAAACCCCCUUCAACUAUUUCUACACUCUGUCCCUCCACCACCUCUCGUCCACAUUUCUCCCCUCCUACUACAAUCGAUUUGAAGGGUCCUAACCCAAAACAUUGCCCAUCCAUGUUCUCCAGAGAUGCUGCCUGAUGCACCGAGUUACUCUAGCACUUUUAUUUUUGUAAACCAACAUCUGCAGUUCCUUGUGUCUGUGUCUUCCUUCAGACUUGGUCUGUUCAGCCCAUUGUAUAGAAUCUUUAUGGACUAACCCACCACCCUUUCACAACUAUUGUACAGAUUCUAAUGAAUGACCACUUCCUAUUCUUGCCAUUCAUCUGAAAUUCCAGAGGACUUAAUUCUUUCCCCUACAUGUCUGUUGAAUGGAAUCCCAUUGGAUUUACAGCUCCCCAUUCAGACCCAGUGUUUCAAUUCCUAAUGGACUGAAAUCCCUUAAUUUUUAGAUCCAUUGCAUGAAAUCUCUUAACCCAUCCCUUCCCAAGUUAUAGAAAGACACCGUUUAAGACAACCUAGCAAUUAUAACGAUAGACACAAAAUGCUGGUUCAGCAGGACAGGCAGCAUCUCUGGAGAGAAGGACUUCUCCCGCUGAGUUUCUCCAACAUUUUGUGUCUAUCUUCGAUUCAAACCAGCAUCUGCAGUUCCUAGGGCUCAAUUAUAAAGGAUUUAUUGGGAUUUUCUGUUUGGUUAAAUGACAGAGAAGAGCAAUUCACGGAAAUUGAGUUGUUUGUGAGUUUUAUUGUUAUUUUGUUGCUGCUAUGAAGCAAUAUAUGAUAAUUUGUAAAGUAUGUUGUAGUUUUUAUGACUUCUAGAGCUUGCAUAAAUGAGGUGCAUCAU